AGGCGGAGCCGUCUGCAGCCGCAAGGCUCGCCGCGGAGGCGUGGCUGCGGGGCCUCCUGCACUGGCUGCGCGACGAGUCCUUCAUCGGCGUGGUGGCCGAGUGGUCCUGGGACUGGUGCCUGGAGUUCCCCAAGGAGCGGGUGAAGCCCGAAGAGGUGGAGCACAGCCUGCACUUCACGGCGGCGCACACGCAGUACAGGGAGUUGUUCGAGGCGAGGGCCCAGGAGUACCAGGAGCACCAGGGAGGAGCAACCGACGGCAUGCUCCGCUCGGUCAUGGAGCUGUUGCACAGCUGCCCUGGUGAGGCGUGGGUCGAGGAGCUCCUGGAAGGGUUGUCGGCGAGUGAGGAUUACCAUUGCUUCUUCAACUACAUGAGCGCGGUGCGAAGGCGUCGGGAGUGGGCGGAGAGGAGCAUGUGCGGGUCGCGAGACGAGAUCAAUUGGCCCGAGCUCGUCAGGACGUCUCUGAGGAGGGACCUCGGCGACGUCACCGUGGGCGACGAGUCGGAUGUGGAGUCAAUCGAGUGAGACAUGUUAAUCUCGGUAUCGUUUAACCGAUCUCCAUCAGAACCCUGGGCUCAAGCCCUUUCCGGGAAAAGCUGCAGGAGGCGCGAGGGCUUGGAGGGGCCCCCGCGCCUUUCGAGCAGGCCCGGGCCCUCUCCUCCCCCCCCCCUUGGCUCGCCGCGGAAGCUCGGCCCCUCGGCCCUCCUACGGCGUCGUCUCGUGCAGGCAGCGCCACCCCUCACUCCGCGCAGGCUGAGCAGGAUGCUAUAGGAUGCUAUAGGAUGCUAUUUCGUCCCCCGAUGCUGCGCGUCUCUGCUCGCCCCGAGGCUCGGAAAUACUGGGGCCGCCGAAGGCGGCGUGUAGUGGCAGCACACAUCGCUCUCUCCUGCGGAGGCGCGACAAGGUGAGCGAGACCAAACGCGCUGGCGACUCCCUCCUUCUUCGGCCCUCAUCUCUCAUCUGUUUUCCUUCCCUCCUUC